AUGGGUUUGGGUCCCAGGAUGUUUAACUGGGUGGUGAAAGUGGUCCCCCAACCCCCCGGGACAAAUGAAGCUGACAACGACCCUGCUGCUGACUGCUCCAAAAACAAAGGAGCAAAGAAUCCUGCAGUGAAAAACAAAGAGGAGGCUUCAGAGGAAAGCCAGGGCCAGGCUGGAGUAAUAGGCUGGCUGUCUAAUGGGUUCGUCAGCUCCCUGCCGCAGCCUGCUAACUCACCUCGACUCAGCAGAUCCAACUCAGAAGCCGUCACAGAGGAUGGAGAAAGGUCUGGCGUGAUAGGCUGGGUGGCUCAGAGUCUGACCAAGGUGCUGCCUCAGCCCGAUGAGAAGUACAGAGAGACUAACGGUCCCGAUGAUGAUGAACACACUGAGGUGUAUGAUGUAAAAACAAUGCCAGAUUUUGAUCCCCUCCCUCACAUCCCGGUGGUGGAGAUGGUGUCAGAGGACGAGGAGUCACAGGUGGAGAUUCCAAACCCUCAGUUCACUCCCAAUGUGGUGAACUGGAUAAAGCAAAUAAUCCCCCAGCCAGUUGUACCUGGUGCUGUACCAGAACAACAACCCAGCGGUUCCUCCCGCAACUCUCUGGACAAAAUUCUGUCUCCACCACCUGAAUCUCUCAGUGGAAUCUCACUGGAUACUGACAGCAAGGCCUCGAGUGUGGUCGGCUGGUUCGUGUCAGGACUGGGCCUGAAGAUACCUCAGCCCGUCACUCAACCCAAAAAUGAAGCUCCGGGUACAGCUGAAGUUCUACAAAAAGCUUCAACCAAACUCAAACCUGACAUGGUACUAGAAGAUGUGGAUUCAGACAACGAGGGGCAGCAGAAAUGUGUAACUAAGACCAAAGCUGCAGCAACAUCUGCAUCACCGCCUCAACCAUCACCAUCACCUGCAGCACACCAACAACAGGAAGAGAUACAGCAGCCACGAAUCAGUUCGGUGGCAUCCACGCAGUCCCAAGAACCAGAACCAAGAGAGAGCGAGACAAAAUUGUCCCUGGAAGACGCUGAGACCCAGACGGGCCGCUGGACGCCAUUUAUUGAAAGCAUCAAGAGGGAGGCUGAAGAUGUGGCCAUGGCCACCAUGGAGGAACGCUUGCUGCAGGAACGCACGGAGAUGGCACGUAUGGCUGAGGAGGUUGCCCGGCAUACAGCUGAGAUGGCCAUUAGACAGAUGGCCAUUGAGGGACAGUCCAUCAAACUCUCACUGGGGAGUCAAGAACUGCUCGAGGAGCCUGAAGUCGAGCUGCCGGUGUCACAAGAGGAGAGCGAGAUGGAGCACAGCAACGUCUCAGAAAAGGAGGAGAACCUUUCUGUGGAGGAAGAGGAGGAAGAGACUGAAGAACCUAUCAUCAGCGAACAAGGGCCUGAGGAAGAAGAGGAAGAGCCACAGAAGAAAUCCCCUUCUCCACCUCCAAGUCCUGAACCAGUGGAGACCCCUGAGCCGGACCCCGAACCACAACCAGAGACUGAGACCCAAGAAGCCAAAGCUGAGCCUGUAACUGAGCAGCCACAGAAAGCACAGGAAGACGACCAAGACACCAAAUCUGACGACGCUGCUGAAAAAGAGGAGGAAGCUUCUGGGGACGGCUGUGGUGCUCCAGUCAGCUGUGAUGCAUUUAAGAGCUGCCUGAUGCGCAUUCCUCACACCUCCGAGUGCCUCGGCAACAUCAACGCGUUCUUCAAAGAGAACGGCAUCUCCCCUCCCAAAAUACCCUCCAUGCCUACGCUACCCACCCAGCUCUCUGACGUUACCAAGUACCUACCCUCCCUACCACCUGAACUGCGCCAAGAGCUCUCUCAAAUCAGACUCACGCAGGUUCCCCGAAAUAUCUACCAGACUCUGACUGAGCUUUUGCCCAGAGAAUCCGAGGGUUCAGUCAGCCCCAACCUGUCCACCAUCUCUCAGAGCUUUUCAAACAUCCCGCAGAAGCUCUCGCAGAUUCCCAGCCAAACGCAGCAGUACUUCAUCAACGUCCAGAACCGCCUCAACAGCCUUAUGCCUCAAGAUCUCAGAUCCCGCUCCCCAUCUCCGUCCUCCGCCAACAGUAGCACCCUCGAGUUGCCCAAUGUGCCGUCCUACCCUCGCCUGCCACCCAUUGUCAGCCCCCCGUCUAAGCAGCUCAGCUCCCCGUCCCGCCAGCUUUCAGGUCUCUCUAACCCGGCGUUCUUCAUUGAAGAUGACUCAGACAUUUCAGCAAUAAGACCCGCAGGAGGGGAGGAACAGAGCUGUAUCCCCCAAAUCCUCACCCCUCAGGACCCUAAAGUAACAACCCUCACUGUUCCUGUGACCCCAACAGGAGGUCGUCAGAGGAGGCUGCAGUCUCAAAGUGAGGAUGAUGAUGAUGAAGCAAGCAUCCCAGUCAGAGCCUGGCCUAGUCAGUCCAGCCUCCACAACACAGAUGAAGUUUUGAAAGAACGUCCGGCAUCUUCAGCCAGUCAGACCAGCACAGUGGUCAAUGAGCGUCUUCAGGAGCUGGUCAGGAUGUUUAAAGAGAGAACAGAGAAGGCCAAGGAGAAACUGAUAGACCCUGACAGCUCUGAUGAAGAUAGCGUCAUCCACUUUCUGACGUUCUGCCUCUCCUCUUUGAUCUAUCAUCAGCUCCUCCUCAGGCGCCUGCCCCUGCAGCUCAGCCAGCAGACGGGCAAGACAAGGAGGCACAAGCAGGUCCAUCAGGAGGAGGAGGAGGAGGAGGAGGAGGAGAAGCAGGAGGAGGAGGAGGUGGAGAAGGAUAAAGAAGGGGGAGAGAGUGAGGCAGAGGAGAAGUCUAGCUGCUGCUGCAAGGUGAAAGCUCCUCGGUGGAUACAAGCCUGUAUGCACUACCGCUUCCCUGCCAGCAUCGACCCUUUCACCAACCUAAUGUACGUGUUGUGGAUGUUUUUGGUCUCUCUGGCGUGGAACUGGAAUGUGUGGUUCAUCCCAGUACGCUGGGCCUUCCCCUACCAGACUCCAGACAAUAUUUAUUACUGGCUGCUGACUGACUACCUGUGUGACCUUAUUUACAUCCUGGACCUCACCGUCUUCCAGCCACGCCUGCAGUUUGUCCGUGGAGGGGACGUAGUGUAUGACAAAAAAGAGAUGAGAAAGAAUUACAUGAAAACCAAACGCUUCAAGUUUGAUUUAGCCAGUCUUGUUCCUCUGGAGUUCUUCUAUUUCAAAACUGGUAUCAACCCUCUGCUCCGCUUACCCAGGCUGCUGAAGAUCAACUCUUUCUUUGAGUUCAACGAGCGUUUAGAGGCCAUCUUGACCAAAGCCUACAUCUACAGAGUGAUACGUACCACCACCUAUCUUCUUUACUGUCUCCACUGUAACGCCUGCCUUUACUACUGGGGCUCUGCCUUCACAGGACUGGGGUCCACCAAGUGGGUUUACAAUGGCAAGGGCAACAGUUACAUCCGUUGUUACUACUUUGCUGUGAAGACCCUGAUCACCAUCGGGGGUCUACCUGAUCCCACCACCCUGUUUGAGAUAGUUUUCCAACUCAUCAACUACUUUGUUGGAGUCUUUGCCUUCUCUAUCAUGAUUGGGCAGAUGCGAGAUGUUGUUGGAGCAGCCACAGCAGGUCAGACCUACUACCGCACCUGUGUGGACAACACUAUCAAAUACAUGUCCUCAUACCGCAUUCCCAAAGAUGUCCAGAACCGUGUCAAAACCUGGUACAACUACACCUGGCAAUCACAAGGCAUGCUGGAUGAGCAGGAACUGCUGACUCAGUUGCCGGAUAAGAUGCGUCUUGACAUUGCUGUAGACGUCAAUUACUCCAUUGUCAGCAAAGUUCCUCUUUUCCAGGGUUGUGACAGACAGAUGAUCUUUGACAUGCUGAAAAGCCUUCGCUCUGUUGUUUACCUGCCAGGAGAUUAUGUCUGCAAAAAGGGUGAGGUUGGUCGGGAGAUGUACAUCAUAAAGGCGGGGGAGGUGCAGGUGGUUGGAGGACCAGAUGGAAAGACAGUUUUUGUCACUCUCAGAGCAGGUUCAGUCUUUGGAGAGAUCAGCUUGCUUUCAGUUGGUGGCGGGAACAGACGCACAGCCAAUGUGAUUGCUCAUGGCUUUGCCAAUCUCUUCAUCCUGGACAAGAAAGACCUGAAUGAGAUCCUAGUCCACUACCCCGAGUCCAAGAAACUACUCCGCAAGAAGGCCAGAAAAAUGCUCAACAAGGGAAAGAAACCUGAGCCCAAAGAAGAGGCUAAGGAGCAACCCCAAAUACAGGUGGCCCCUGUCAAGCAAGAGACCCCCAAACUGCUCAGAGCGGCCCUGGAGAUGAAAGAGAGAUCCUCUGGUCUUAAAGGAGCUCUGGCUAAAGUCAAACAGAAGACCAACAAGUCCAGUAUCUCACUGCAGCCGUCCAUCUCCUCCUCCCUCCCUCCUCCAUCUCCCGCCUCCAGCUCCGGACCUGAAAGAGACGAGGACACGCCGUCACCCAUGUCAGCCAGCUCUACGUUUCCCUCUGCUUCACAUUGCCGCAACCACAACAACAACUCUGCGAUGCCUCUCCCUGCAUCGCAGUGCCACAGCGACACAGACGAACCUGCGGCGCAUCAAAAGGAGGAGGAUGACAGUGACGAGGAAGGGGAAAAGGGCGGGAAGGAGAAAGAAAAGAAGCGGUGA